GCCAACUACUACAGCCAUGGCAUCCGCAAGCAGCUCCGCACAGGCCGCCUUCGGGCUGGGUCGGCGGAAGAAGACCCCCGGCCUCCUGGAUCAGAUUGGAAACUUCUUCGGAGGGGACAAGAAGAGGAAGAGCAAGGGAUCCUUCAGAGGUGCCCUCUCUCCAGGCCCCCAGAAGGGCUCUGCCACUUCCCCACGUAAGCGUGGAGCAGAGAACGCCGUGGUCCAUUUCUUCCGCACCAUCGUGUCCCCUGCCCCUCCCAAGUCAAGGUGGAGAGGACUAGCAGCCAGGAUAGGCCUGGGCGACCAGAAGUCCCAGUCUGCUAAAGCCAAGAAGGCCAGUGCAGGGGACGGCAAAGGGACCCUCACUAGGAUCUUCAAAAUGUGAUGAUGUCAGCAGCCGAGGCAGCAGGAGUUCCUCUCCAGCCAGACGCUGAAGUCCUUCUACGACCCCUCCCAGGGGCACGAGGGCAGAUGUUCAAGGUCGCAUGGAGGAAAAAGAAGAAGAAAAGGAAGAAGUCCUGUCACCCCCUGAACUUACCUCCCCCUCCUCCUCCUCUGAUAACACUCUAACUUAUGCUAAAUCCCCCCCCCCCCAACCCAUUUUGGCUGGUAGAUAGCGACACAAUCUGUUGCCCCCUCCCUCCCUCCCUCAUGCGUUGUGCUGUCUCUCGUCAUCUCUCAUCAUUAGCGUGAACUUUUUGCCCAAAACGUAUUCAGCCCGAAUGCCCCCCCCCCUCCUCCUCACCCCCCUCACCCAGCCCGCAUGGCUCUCUGUGCUUGUGCUUGAGUUUCUAUGCACGUCUUCAGCGGUUCCCGCUAACACCUGCAGCGGUGGAAGGAUCGCGGCCCACCCGACCGCCAUUGCCCCCCGCCCACCCCCCCCCCUGCGUGUAGGAAAAAGGCCCCCGGGCGUGCUCCUGUUUGUCUCGUCACGCUGUCUUUGUCAUUCCCACGAAGCUUUUUCUGUGAACCACGACGCGCUUUAACAGAGUUUGCGUCCUUGUGAGAUGGUCACAGUGUGUUUGAGUUCAGUGUCUUGUCUCAUGUGUGAUGUCGUCUAUGUUCGUCUUUGGGGCCCACGGGUGGCUGUGGUUUUAUCUGGUAAAAAUGUCAUUUCUAAAACUUUUAAUCACAUUUCCCAAUAGCAUUAGUCACUGAAAAACAACUACAUAUACGCGAGUUAUUUCUUUUUGGUUCAUGGAGUAAUGGUUCACACUAAUGACGGAUACAAACCUUCCCUCUUUGCUUUGGUCUCUCCUUUGUCUUCGCUGUUUCUGUCCCACAUACUGUAAAUUAAAUCAUUCAACACUUUGUCCUUUCCGCCUGACUACCAACACAAAGUGCUGUGUUGCCUUCUCAUGGAUGAUUAAAAAAAAUCACAAUUUCAAACGAAGGUGCUCUGUAACUAACUCCGUGGAGACACAUUAUAAGGUGUUUCUAGGCAAUGUGUCAUGUGCAAGUUAUCUAAAAAAAAAAGAAAAGAAAACCUCAGCUCUGUUGAAAACCUCCAUGUUCCACACGUGUUAAAAAGCAGGCAUGUGAUACCCGUAGCGUCCGUCUCUCCCACUGUUUGUGUGCUUGAGCCUUGUGAGUUGCGGUUUGAUUCCGGAUGGAUCCUGUGGAUGAAUGUAAAGAUCCUGUGUUUAAUAAAAUGGGACCAGCCACUUAACUGAGAAUAAAAAAUAAAAACUACAAAACAGA